CAGUGGAAUUAUCUGCUGCAUGGCUGCAAGUGUUUAUUUGGCUGACUGAAGGUGAACUCGUCGGUCAGGUUCGUCUGCCCUACCCCGAGUCACAUGACUUAGAGGUUUUAGGAGGUUAGAAUCUGGGAGAGAAGCCUUAUAUCACUAGCACCACCACUACCCAGCGUUAACUUAAUAUGAAAUAACCAUAAUAGCACAGGUUAUAUGGGCACACAUGGAGAGGGUUGUUUUUAUAUUAAGACUGUGGAGAAAAUACCAGGAACAGUCAAAAUCAAGUCAAAUGUAUUCUUACAGCUCUUACUCAGUUAGUCACAACACAACUCACCACUGAAUCAAAGUUUAUUUUUUUCCCGGGCUCUCUGUGUCCAAUCUUUUUAAGGUUGAACAUAUUUGAAUGCCGCAAAGAAGAGAAAACAUCAACGCAUUUAUGUAGCCUACACAGUGCAUGAAUACACCAAAGUCUGAGUGUGUUCGUGGGGGCGGAGCCAAGGGUUAAGGGAGGAGCCAUGUGUUAGGGGAGGAGAGGACGUCAUAUUGAGGAAACGAAACCAAAGCAACCCACCUCGAAGCUGUUCUCCCGUUCAGGAGAAAAUAAAUCGCAUUUUGGGACAAAAAGUCUGACAAUAAGAACAAGAAUGGCCUGUGCUAACACUUCGUGGUCUGAAGAAAACUUUUCAUGUUCCAUCUGUCUGGAUGUGUUCAACAGUCCAGUUUCCACCGCAUGUGGACACAACUUCUGCAGAACCUGUAUUACAAAGUUCUGGGAUGAACAAGUCCAGUACAAAUGUCCUGUUUGCAACAAGCUUUUCAACACAAGACCUGAUCUUCAGGUCAAUACCUUCUUAUCAGAGCUGGCUGCUCAGAUUAGAACAACCGUACGAGUAAAAGAGCAGCCUUGUGUUGAACCAGCAGAAGUUCCCUGUGACGUCUGUACUGGGACCCAGCAGAAGGCCGUGAAGUCCUGCCUAAUGUGUUUUACCUCUUACUGCCAAACCCACCUGGAGCCACAUCAGGUAGUCGCUCGCCUGCAGAAACAUCUGCUGGUCGAGCCUAUGGACCGUCUGGAAGACUUGAUGUGUAAGAAACACGAACGACUUCUGGAGCUCUUCUGCCAGACUGAACAGGUGUGUGUGUGUCUGUUGUGCACAGUGACAGACCACAAGUCCCAUCCUGUUGUACCUCUAAAGGAGGAAUAUGAAGUGAAGACGGCCCAGCUGGGGAAGAUAGAGGCUGAAGUUCCGCAGAUGAUCCAGGAGAGAAAACAAAAGAUUAAGGAGAUCAAAGACACAGUGGAACUGAGCAACAAAGACGCAGACAGAGAGAUAGCCCAUGGUGGGCAGGUCUUCACUGCUCUGAUAGGCUGUGUUAGAAAGGGCCGGGAUGAAUACAAAAAAACGGUUAAAAAGAAACUGAAAUCCACAGUGAAACGAGCUGAAGACCUCAUCAAAGAGCUGGAGCAGGAAAUAGAAGAUCUGACCAAUAGAAGCUCAGAGGUAAAGCGGCUCUCACACACUGAAGACCACCUCCACUUCCUCCAGACCUUCAGAUCCCUGAAGGAUCCUCCACCCACCAGGGACUGGACCACGGUGGAGGUCCGUCCUCCGUCAUACGAAGGGACCUUGAGGAGAUCCCUGGAUCAGCUGGAGGAGACACUGAACAUGGAGAUGAAGAAGCUGCCUGAUGAUGCUGAACUGAAGAGGGUCCAGAAGUAUGAAGUAGAUGUGACUCUGGAUCCUGAUACAGCUAGUGUCUGGCUCAUCCUGUCUGAGGAUGGGAAACAAGUACAUGAUGGAGGUGAAGAGAAGGAACUCCCAGACAACCAUAAGAGAUUUACAUACUAUACAUCUGUUCUCACGAGGCAGAGCUUCUCCUCAGGGAGAUUUUACUUUGAGGUCCAGGUUAAAGACAAGACUGCAUGGUGGUUAGGAGUGGCCAGAGAGUCCAUCGACAGAAAAGGUGAGACAGAGACGACCCCUGAGACAGGUUACUGGACUCUUUCCUACGACAAUGAUGGGUUGGUAUUUAGUGAUGACCCUUCUGUCCGUCUCCCCCUGAGAGCUGAGCUCCAGAAGGUGGGGGUGUUUGUUGAUUAUGAUGAGGGUCUGGUCUCCUUCUAUGAUGUGGAAGCCAGGGUUCAUAUCUACUCUGCUACUGGCUGCACCUUCACUGAGCCUCUCUAUCCAAUCCUCGAUCCAUGGUAUCAAGAAGAAGGUAGAAACUCUGCCCCCCUGAUCAUCUCACCUGUCAAUCAAACAGACUAGGACCUUUGUUUGAUAAUAAAAUAAUCAAACGACCAAAACAACAAAUGUUGUUUCCUGAAUUAGAAUAGAAUUAGAAUCUCUACUAUGUGAGAUCUGAGAGAUCUGCAUUAAUGUCAUACUGCUGUCAUUUAACGAGGAGAAUAUAUUUAAGAAUUAACCCUGUAGUUGUGUAAUAUAACCCUUUAUAAAGGGUUAUAUUACACUCCAUUUAUGUGUCUGUUUUCCUUUAUUUCUUUUACACGUUUAAAGAUAUAAUAUUUUUUGCAGUGAUUUUAAUAAAAAUAAAAUGCAAAUAUUGUAAUGCGUAGGCCUACAUUAUCAUUGUAAUGGAUCAUUUCAGGGGAAUAGAUACAUUCCAGGCAAAUAGUGUUCAGUAUUAAUACUGUUUCUGUAAAAUACUGUUUCUGUAAGUGUGAUACAACAAAUAAAAUUGUUUAUUUCUAAACCCUUAAUUUUGAUGAUCUGAGAUUGAUGGAACGUUUUAAAUCAUUGAAGAAAUCUAAAAGUUUGUUGUUGAUGAACCAUUAAAUUAAUCUCCAAUAUACAACAACCCACCCUGUGUUACACACUUACACAAAGGUCACAGUGACUACAUGUAAAGAUACUCCCCAUGUGUGUGAGUACUGUGACUUUUCUUGUCAGC